AUGAGUCAAAUAGAGUACAGUAACAUGCUCUUUGAGAUUGGCCAGGGACUGGACAAGCUGCAAGUACAAGAACAACUCCUAUUCAUGUGUAGGAGGGAAAAGAAAAGAUUAGAACAAUUUGAAAGAGAAGUUAUACGUGUUUUCAGCGAGAACAGUGAACUGGAACACUUAAUAAGAAUUUGCGAAAGAAAAACGUCUUUUGAUUACGAAACAAACAUUCGAGAUGUUCGAACAUUGUUUAAUGAACUGGAGAGCCAAGACUUUUUAGAAUUUGAUCACCUCGAUGUACUAAAAGAAAUAUUAAGAGAAACCAGAUCAGACCUCCUAAAGGAGGUAGAAAACUUCGAGAGGCGGGUCAAUGAAGAAGAGGAACUCGAAAGUGAAAAAGCGCGUACCGCCGGAAUUUUUGCAUCGGGAAGAAUUUUAGGUGGAAGAGUGAUUGGUGGCAAAGAUGAAAUUACAGUGACGGAGUCCAUGUUUGUUGCUGCCAAAAGUGGUAAUAUUACUCGACUGGAGAAUUUGUUGUCACGUGGCCAUGACGUCAAUUCAAAAGAUGACAAUUGUGUGACACCAUUGCGAAUUGCUGUCCUGUAUCGCCAGAGCGAAACCGUACGUUAUCUUUUAGAAAAAGGGGCAGAUCCAUUCGUAAAAGGAAAUUACAAACGCAACCUUCUGCACUUAGCAUCGUAUGGUGGCCAAGUCGCCAUUAUCGAUGAAAUGAUUAAACAAGGUCUUGACAUCAAUUCAAAGGAUGGUAAUGGCGACACUCCUUUAAUACUUGCUGCCGCCUUCGGCGGAAAAAAGGCCGUGAAAUACCUUUUACAGAGGGGAGCAGAUCCCACUAUUAAAGGCUACUACGGUCGAAAUGCUUUGCAUGCCGGAAAUGAUGUCGCUAUUAUCGAGAUACUACUCUCAAGUGGAGUGCAUAUCGAUACAAAGGAUGCUGACGGGAACACACCGUUGAUUAUGGCCGCUGCAAAUGCCAACGGAGACGCUGUGAAUUAUCUCUUAACCAAGGGAGCUGAUCAGGAUGUCAAAGGCCGCUUGGGGAGAAACACCCUUCACGCAGCUGCUCAAGGUGGUGAUGUCGUCAUCGUCGAGACAAUGCUGUCCCAUGGACUCCACAUUAAUUCCAAAGACAGCCUUGGUGAUACCCCUUUGAUCAUUGCUUCUGCGUGUGGGAAGUUGGAAGCAGUUUGUCUCCUUUUGGUAAAGGGAGCAAAACCUCUCAUAACAGGCCAAUUCGGUAGGAAUCCAUUGCAUGCAGCGGCACAAUGUGGUCAUGCCGCAAUUAUCGAAAAAUUGCUGUUUCACGGUGCUGGAAUGAUUAACUCAAAAGAUAAUGAUGGAAAUUCACCCUUGAGAAUUGCGACCACUUCUGGCAAGAGAGAAGCCGUACAGUUUCUCCUAGAUGCUGGAGCUGAUCUGUCCGUAAACAUGAAAAACCGGUUUGAUACGAGUCUGUUGCACGCAGCUGCGAAGGGAGGUGAUGUGGAAAUCAUUAAGACAAUGCUGUCCCGUGGUUUAGAUGCAAACUCAAAAGACAGUGAUGGUCGAACGCCGUUAAUGAUUGCAGAACUCAACGGUAAAACUGAGGCAGUAGCAUUCUUACUCAGUAAGGAAGGACGUUAAUGCCGUUCCUUGCAAAACAGAAAGACAGCCACCACAGACCUCGUACACUCGAUAAGCAUUCCUAAGCCUCUUUUGGCAAACAUAAUUACAUGUAUUACUAAGAAGCUUUAGGAAUUAAGCUUAUUUAUUACUUUGUUACUUUACAUCUCAUUUAAAGGAGCCAUCAUAGGAUCUUUCGUUUAAGCUCAAAAACUUAACCAUCUGAAUGCCCUGGGAAAACGCCCUCGUAUCAAGUGCAUAGAGUUCAAUUU